UUACUUAUACUACUUUUAGUAAUGGAGAACAGACUGUAUCAUCUCCCCCACGAAAGAGGAGACAGAAGUCAGAUCCCUGUGCAGGAUGUGAUGGGAAGGCAUUGGAAGGCAAACAGCUGUGCUUAAACUGCUUGAAGAAGGUGGCCACUCCAGCAGCCGUAACACCCACUCAGUCACCAGAUAUCCUGACUUGGAUCCGACAGGAGGUUGCUCAUGGCAUCUCAGAGGCCAUGGAGGCAAGUAAUCGGUCUGUGAAAAGACCAAGACAGAGACUGGUAUCCUCAGAAUCAUCUGUCUCAGAAUACCAGGAUUCAGCUGAAGAGUUUCAGGUUCUCGAUCAGGUUUAUUCUAGUGAGAACGAAGAAGAGGUCUUGUCGGAAUAUCUAGACGACAAGACGAUGGAUAAACUCAUCCUGAAG